AGAGAGAGAGAGAGAGAGAGAGAGAGAGACGCGCGCGCUCUCUCCUAGUGCACUUUGCAGUAAGUUGCGGGCGGCUGUUGCUGGCGUGGCGUUUGCUGGUCGCGCGGGGAACUUUAACACGCUGGAUCCCAAAGUCCGUCUCUCUCACCUGCGCAGUUCGGUACUGCCAUGGAUCUCGCGACCGGAUUUACAAUCCUAAUCACACUUCCGAUCAUUCUGCAGACGAAUGGCCUUUAUAUCGCCAGUAGCAUAGAUUCCCUGCAGCAUAUACUGGGGGACUAUGGACUGGUAAAGCCCGUUCUGACGGAUGCAGAAGGCCGCUUCCUGUCGCACGCGGUAUCGGUCGGUCCAGCAGAUGGGCAGUUCCGUAGGCGCUGGAGAAGAGAGGCGGCGACUGCCGACCACGCCCACCACGAAUCCGGCACGUUCGACCGGCUCUACUACAACGUCACCGUCUUCGGCCGGGAAUUUCACCUGCGUCUGCGCCGCAACGCGCGACUGGUGGCUCCCGGAGCAAAGAUGGAGUGGCGUGAAUCCGACAGUACGCGCACCGAGCCUUUGAAGAGCGACUGCUUGUAUGUGGGUGACAUUACGGACGUUCAGGGAGCUUCAGUAGCUAUUAGUAACUGCGACGGUCUGGCCGGCAUGAUCAGAACGGAGCAGGAGGAGUUUUUUAUUGAGCCGCUGGAAACGGGACAUGAGGUGAUGGAGGAGGAUGGUGGACGUUCUCACAUCGUGUACCGGUCUGCUGCUGUGAAAAAGCCUCCUGUUAGUUCGCUAGCUGCAGACUUUCACUCCAGAGGUGCUGACUUGGGCGGCCUGAUGGAUCUGGAAACCCUCUAUCAAGGUGUCGAACGCAGCAUAAACCAGAGCCGACGAGCCCGCAGACAGUCCCCGGAGCGAGCCUACAACAUCGAGGUUUUGCUGGGGGUGGAUGACUCUGUGGUGCAGUUUCACGGGCAGCAACAUGUGGAGAAGUACCUCCUUACUCUUAUGAACAUUGUGAAUGAAAUCUAUCAUGACCAUUCUCUCGGGGCACGAAUAAAUGUGGUGCUAGUGCGGAUUGUUUUGGUGGAUGCCAAAAAAUCUUCAAGUCUCAUUGAACUGGGCAACCCUUCUCAGAGUUUGGAGAAUGUGUGUCGCUGGGCUUUCGAACAGCAGAGGAAAGACACCAAUGACAAAGAAUACCACGAUCACGCCAUCUUUCUCACUCGCCAAGAGUUUGGGCCUACAGGAAUGCAGGGUUACGCUCCUGUCACAGGCAUGUGUCAUCCCGUACGCAGCUGCACCCUCAAUCACGAAGAUGGUUUCUCAUCAGCUUUUGUGGUGGCGCAUGAAACCGGCCACGUGUUGGGUAUGGAGCAUGAUGGACAGGGAAAUCGUUGUGGAGAUGAGGUGCAAAUGGGGAGCAUCAUGGCCCCGUUGGUGCAGGCUGCUUUCCACCGAUUUCACUGGUCCCGCUGUAGUCAACAGGAACUAGGACGCUACCUACAUUCAUAUGAUUGUCUUCGUGACGACCCGUUUGAGCACACAUGGGAGGAGCUUCCCCAGCUGCCCGGACUACAUUAUUCCAUGAACGAACAGUGUCGCUUUGAUUUCGGGGCCGGAUACAUGAUGUGCACAGCGCUGCAAAAGGUGGGGCCGUCCGGAGCCCAGUAUCGCACCUUUGACCCCUGUCAGCAGCUUUGGUGUGCUCACUCAGACAACCCCUUCUUCUGCAAGACCAAAAAAGGGCCGCCCAUUGAUGGCACGACAUGUGGAGAUGGGAAGCACUGUUUUAAAGGGCACUGCGUGUGGCUGACUCCAGACAUCAUUAAACAGGACGGAAGCUGGGGUGUGUGGAGUGAGUUUGGCGCCUGCUCUCGCCCCUGUGGAAGGGGAGUGCAGUUUCGCACACGAGACUGUGAUAAUCCACGUCCAGCAAACGGUGGGCGCUCUUGCUCCGGGCCGAGUUAUCAGUUCCAGAUGUGUAACACUCACGAGUGUGAAGAGCCGUACCACGACUUCAGAGCCGAGCAAUGUAGCAUGCUGGACAACAAGUUUGAAUACCAGAACACCUGGCACCACUGGCUGCCUUAUGAACACCCGGACCCUAAGCAACGCUGCAAAUUGUACUGUCAAUCCAAGGACACGCGAGCUGUUGUCAACAUGCAAACUCCAGUGGAACAUGGAACGCAGUGCUCCUACAAAGAUCCCUACAGCGUGUGUGUGCACGGAGACUGUGAGAAAGUGGGCUGUGAUAAUGUGGUCGGAUCAACCCUACAGGAAGAUAAGUGUGGGGUUUGUGGAGGAGACGGCACCAAGUGCAAAACACACAAGUUUAACUUCACCUUUGUGGAGAAAAAAGGUGUCAUUAAAGUGCUGGAGGUUCCCAGAGGGGCGAGACAUCUCCUCAUUCAGGAGCUCAAUGGCACUGCUCAUAUUUUAGCUGUCAGGAAUAAAGUGCCGGGUGACUUCUUUCUCAACUCGCACGGUGACUUCCAGGAGACGCGCUCGGUUAUAGAGAAAGGUCUCGAAUGGGAGUACGAAAACAAAAACGGCAAGGAUGCCAUUCAGACAAACGGACCUUUGAAAAAUGAUGUGGUUGUCAUGAUAAGAAUGCAUGGGUCGGCCAAGGUCAAGGUGUCGAUCAAAUACAUCACUGACAGCGAGAGAUUGAGCGACAGCGCCAAUGAAAACAACAUGGUCCCAGAUAAUGCUGUGCCAUAUUCCUGGGUGGUGAAGAGAUGGACUCCCUGUUCAAAAACAUGUGGAGGAGGCAGCCAGGUGACGCGGUACGGCUGUCGUAAGAACGCUGACAUGAGGAUGGUCCAUCGGCGCUACUGUGAGAAAAUCCGACAGCCUCCUCCUCUGUAUCGAGAGUGUUACCUGAGAGAGUGUGCUCAGCCCAUCUGGGUGGCUGGCGAGUGGGGUGAAUGCAGUAAAUCUUGUGGGAAGACGGGCACUCAGACACGCUCAGUUCGCUGCGUGCAACCUUUGGGCGAUGGCAAGUUUAAAUCCAUCCGCAGUCGUUACUGCAGCGAUGAGCGCCCGGAGUCCCGCAGAGACUGCAAUCGUAACCUGUGUCCGGCUGAAUGGAGACUGGGACCCUGGUCGCAGUGCUCGGUCACGUGCGGUAACGGGACUCAGGAGAGGCAGGUGCUUUGCCACACCCGUGACAACACCAUUGGACUCUGUCUGGACUCUAAACCAGCGGCAUUUAGACCCUGCAGAAUGGAUCCCUGCCCAAGACAGCGUUGCCAUGGCGACCGUUCUGCGUUCUGUCGCAAGGAGGCGCUGCAGCAGCACUGCUCUCUGCCCAGCUUUCAACGCUUGUGCUGCGAGUCCUGCAGAUCCGGCAAUUCCACAAAGACCCCUGCCACCACAAGUAAGCCGCGGUCCGCGUCGGCAAAACCCGGCAAGAAAAAAUUAGCUUCCACCACAACCCACGCUCCCGCACGCACAAUUCUUCAUAAUCACCACCGGACCUCUACAGAUGCCUAUUCGGCUUCUACGGCGGGUAGCGGUGCUACUUUAGCAGGCGUGCCUUGGUUUUUAACAUCAGUGACAAUGUCAACGCUUGGAUACACCGCCGCUCCUAAUCGCCAGUCUACAACAACUCACAUCCAAAUACACGAUACCAAAGAUUUCUUGUCAGAACAGAAUACAACCUUUCUCAUUCCCACUGCAAGUCCCAACGUCACCCCUGCUUCUGGAAAUGACAUGACAGAAAGCACCAAAUUACCUGAUGCCAACACAGCUGAAGAGUUUAAUGCAAGGCAACGUGUGGAUGAUGGUACAGUGUUGUGGUCAGCCUCAACCAGCGUUGCUAAUGGUGAGGGAUUAAGCAGCGUUCCUGUGACACUUACAGCAAAUGCGCUAACUACCACUGCAGAACCCACACUGAUGCGAGCAACUUUUACUGAUUCUGGUACACCGCUGGCAAGCACCACAACAUCCGGCACAAUAACAUCUUUAACCACAACAUCUGUGACGACAGUGGCAGCGAAGACGAUCGGACGCCCGAACAAGGUGGACGAAAUGAGCGAGAGCAAUGCUAUUGACAUACCGGAUCAAACGAUCCUUUUGGACCACGAGUUUCCUCAGAAUAACAUCAUUCCCAGGAGAGGUCGCGUGUUUCUGCGUGAGCGAACUCGAAAUAAACGCAUCCAAGAGCUUCUUGAGGAGAAGCGAAACUUUUUGAGACGGAUGAAAAGGGCGCAGGGCGUUUGAACCCUGACCGGUUUCUCUUAUAGAGAUGCAACUUCUGAAAUGUGCUGUAAGCUAUUUGAUCCAUUUUGCUAACUUUUGCUAAACGUAGCUACUGAAUUAGACCACCCUAUCCCUCCAAGUACGCCGUCUCAUCAAGAGUCCGCUCUCCAAUCCAUGUCAGCAUACUCAAAUGUGUUAAAAGAGCGCUGGAGCCGCUACUUGAGUCUAGGGCUGUCACAGGGACAGGUGUGAUUUCUCAGGACACCUAUAUCAGUGAUAUCUGUCAGGUAGGACGUGCUUGAACAAAACCACUAGCAAAUGUUUGCACAGAUGCUUUCAACCUCAAUGACGUCCCUUCAAGAGGUUUUACUGAAGCAAUAUCCAAGAAAGAGAGCGGCUUAUCAUUUGCACAAAUCUAUCCUUCACAAUGUCUUUCCUCCUCAAAUCAAACAGUAUGCUUCAUGACAGAUUGAGACAAUAGGCACAUAUGGAUUUUUCCUCAAAUUCCUUUCAAGCAGGGUAUUUAAAUUUUGCAUUGAUUUAGUGUUAUAUUCAGUGUCGCCAUCCACAUGUAGAUAAUAAAAUCUCUUUGAUAAUCCUAAAAGUCUAAAAGUCAAACAUUGAAUUUGCACAGCACCCCCCCCCCCCCCCCAGUGUCAAAUGAACACUCUUAAGCCCUAUUUACACAGGAUUGUUAUCUGGUGGCCUCUUGUCAUUUGUAAUAGUUGUGGAGGUUGUCUGUGAUCCCGUACUAAUCGACCAUCGUCUGUCAUUGGUGAAGUAAAAAUUGACCUGAGGAAACCACUUAGGUCCUUUGAAAAUAUUCAUGCCGUGUGAAUCGCCAUCUCAGUUAUUUGGCCAGGUCUUGGCAGGGUCGAAAUGUAUAUAAUUUUCAAUAAUGCAUUUAAUGCAUAAUUUUUCUCAAUGCGACACAUCAGUUUAACAUGGAAAAGCUACCUUUUACUGCGUGUCGUGGCAUUGCGUAUCUAGGACAUGUCUUAACAUCAUAUUUGGGAGAUAAGUCAGUAAAUUUGAGUUAAAUCACAGGCGUGCGGGGGUAAUUUCUAAAUCACACAAGGUCUCCAGAUAAUAAUACUAAUCCCAUGUGAAGAGGGCUUUAGUGAAGACACAGAUUGUGUGGGUUAUACUGUAUAUACAUUGGUGUUAAAAAGUGAUUCAGUGUUGAAGUUAAUGAGAUAAUAAGAAUGAACAUUAAUGAUGCUGUUAACAAACACGAUUACUGAAGAAAACAUUCACAAGAAGUCGUCACCGUAACAGUGAUGACAGCCAAAGAAGCCAAAAUGAUAUUGUUUGCUUGAAGAUGUUGAUAUUAGUAUCAUGAUGUAAUUGUUCAUUUUAACUCUCCUGGUGUGGAUUAUUAACACUGUUCAUUUAACACUGGAGGUUUGGCUGCGUGCAGUUUAAAUGCAUUUUCAGUGAUAUUGCAAAAUGAAUGCAAUCGAAUAAUUUCAGCAGUUACACAGAGAAGUGCAACAAACAGGACCUUGGAAAGAUUGAUCCUUACAAGACUCUUACUUACAUCCACAUCUCGUCGCUUCUGAAUUGUAUCUAUGGUAAGAAAACAGGACAACGUUAUUUUUUGCAAAUGAAUCAUUUGGCAUAAAUCAGGGAUACACCAUACUUACACAGGUACAGAUCUUCUGCUUUUGAAUUAAAUUUCCUUUCGUCUGUAUGCAAGCUUUUGUUGAAUGUUUAACAGAUCAGUAUGAGUUAAAGUUGUAUUGUUGAUAUGAGAAUCAUAUUCCCAGUGCUCAAAGUUCUCACUGUUUGCUUUUGUGAAAAGCAAGAAAAAAAUGUCAAAAACAGAAAUAAAUUUUAAUAUAGCAAGACGA